UUUGGUAUAAUUUUUAUGCAUAUUGAAGCACGGGAUCAUCAAUAAAUUUUUGCUCAAAGUUGGGUUACGCGAGCGAAUUUUUACUACUGAAAUAUUAUACGGAUGUGACGUAAUUAAAAGGACGGAAGUCGAAGUAUGAGCAUUGAUUUACUAGUAUUUUGUUAGAUUUUUAACACAUAUACACAAUAAACUAUGAGUUCUUCAAGCAGUGAAAGCGAACGCAGUUCGGAUACUGAAAACUCAGAUAUGGCAAAUGAAAAUUUACUUUCGAAUUCCGGCGAUGAGGAUACAAUUGGGGCUAAUUCAGUUGUAAAUCCUUACGAAAAUGAACCUCUUGCGAACGCAGUCGGAGAGAAUUUUGUGUCGGUCGAAGAAGACGCAGAUGGCUUAGAACCUCGAACAUUGGAAGUGAGGUUCGAAGGAACCGUUCAGUUAGAUAAGUGGUGUGCAUGUAGCUUGUGUCGUACUCAACUGCUGACAGAUGCCAUUGAAUACCGUUGUUGUCAAGAGGUUGGGCCUACUUUACAUAAACUGGUAUUCGAUGGUAGUAUUGAAAAAAUUAGCUGUGUUACUCUUCACGAAGAGUACACGAUUAUGACACAUGCUACAGUCUUGAAGAAUGUUGGCUCACUUCUAAGAGACCAAGACGGAAGGUCAUACAAGCGUCGUAGAAUACAUGAAAAUGAAAUGCACUGGCCAUACCUAUUAUACAUGGUAGCAUGAACAACUUACAUGUGGGAAACAAUGGUGUUGAAGAUAGUUGUUUCCUAUCCAAAUGCCGUUGGAUUGCCUCAGUUUUGGAAAUUCGAUCCGAGAACGUUUUGUUUAAGGCUUCUGGGACUUUUUCCUUAUACUUCUUAAAUAUGUUGUCCAUGGAUUCCUCACAACUAAGAACCAUGACAUUUUUGAUUUCAUUAACAUAGUCUGGAAAAAUGACAAGUGGUUAGAUGUGUAAGUCAAGAGUACCAAUG